AUGCUCUUGUGCGUACUCCCGUCUGCCAGGUCUCUGCGCGAUGACUUCAGGCUUGGACUAGGGGCAUCGAAACAUGUGAACAUGAUCAUCGCGGCAAAGGCUUUCCGUUUGUGGCUACGAGCAAGGCGAGGUUGUGAUAUUUUGGAUAGCGCACUAAUGAGCAUCACCGACGCUGUCGGACACGGACUCCGACCGAUCGUGGUUGCGACGGCGGGGGAACUCCAUGGAGUUGACAUCGAGAGAUCGAGAGUUGUGAAGGAGCUGCUGGAUGCUUUGGGAGCAACAGGUACGGACGGAGAGAGGGGUUCGUCCGACCGCCCUAUUCGGGGUACGCCCAUGUCGACAAAGGCGGAGAAGCGCAAGAGGGCGAAGAGCGCUGAUGAGGCGACGCACUCUAGCGACCCGGUGUCCUCCGCCGCGAGCGAUCCGAAGAAGAGGGUGCGCGAUGUCGAGGGUGGGAGCGGAAACAAGACAGCGGGGGACUGCACGAGCCUGGGUCGACCUGCGGCAUCGGAUGGAAACACGAAAAGGGCGCAGGGCGAUAGUGCAGAGGUCUUGGAGGAGCGGCGCGAGCGGAGCGGUGGGCGAGUGACACUGGGAUGCAGCAAAAUGGAUGGAGCUUCACCGAUGACCAAGACGGUCGUCAUUGAUCUCACCUGGCCCGGGCCCAUCAUACGAACUUCCGAGAGGGGCGAAAAGGAAGAAACGCCGCCGCAGCAGCAGCAGCACCCAGCUCGGGAGUGUGAGUCUGACGAAAGGGUCGCGCGGAAAACCAAUAGAGGCGACAUCAUUUCAGCCGCUGCAUCCUCCUGGAGACGGAGCGACGACAAGACCGAGCACGGUAAUCUUUUCGGCUUCGUGCUCCUCUACAACUACAAAGCGAGACAAGAGAAAGAAGAUGAAGAUGGGCGACAAACAGGACAAUGUCCAUGUGGACUCUGA